AUGUCUAGCAGCAUGAACACGACGCUCAACAGGCUCAACAGCGUCACUGCUUAUGCCACAACUGUCCUCUUGGCAGUGCUGAGCAUUGUGGCUUACUCGGCCUACCCUCUGAAUCCCAAGCCGGAUCCGAAUGCCUUCUUGAAGGUGGACCAAUUGGAGGUGUGAGUGGGGGUUGUGCGGGCCUGACAGAAGAUGGCUUGAGAGACAGCUGUGAAGCGAUGCAAGUGGGAAGGGACAUGACAGCUCGUUGUGCUCACUGCCUCAUUCCUGAUCGUACGCUUGCAGCGUGAGAGCAAGAGCGACAUGGCAUUCGGAUCGCAGGCUGCAAGAUUAUCUAAAGGUGCAAUUCUCAGCCGAGCUAGAUCUGCGUCCUCUCUUCACUUGGAACACAAAGCAGAUCUUCUUGAGCUUAUCCGCCCACUACGCUUCUCGCGCAAGCGAGGACAAUAGGAUCGUCAUUUGGGACAGGAUCAUCAGGAGAAAAGAGGACAGCAGGAUCUUUAUCGAAGAUGCUGUCAAUCGAUACGCUUUCAGAGAAGUCAGCACCAGCUUUGCGUGAGUUCGGCAUCGGUGCAGUAUGCAAAAGUCACUGUGCCAACGCUCUCUAUGCCUCUCCACCUGCAGCAAUGUCAAUUCUACGUACUUUACGCUGCACUGGAACGUCAUGCCCUACGUCGGUGUUCUCGCAUACGGAGACGAGCUUUCGACAGCACAGCUACCCGUGCCCAAGCGCAUCGAGGGCGAUUCGAAGAAUGAGGAGAGGGUGUGGUACUGA